AUGGCUCCUCCAUUAUCCACUUUAGCCUUGGAGCAGUUCCUGCACUUCCCGAUGCGCGACCCCCUGCAGAUCAUCUCAGAACCACAUCCUUUUCAGCACUUUUCUCAUCUGGAAGAUGUCCCUUCUUCUUCGGGUGGAGCUGCACAUGCACCCGAUCAUUCCCAUGAUCAUGGCACUGGUGGCUGGCCAGAUGCAGCCACGAGCCCCUCUAUGCUUUUUCUAAUGGAAACUUAUCAGCAUGAAUCCACUAUCCUAUCUUGGAAAAAGAAGUUGAAUUUUGACCAUGUUUUUGUGGUUGAUCCGGCGGGCCAGAGCAGUGGUGGACUAGCUCUGUUUUGGGACAAUUCUGUCAAAGUUUCUAGUAUAACUAGCACGCAUAAUUGGGACUUCAAUGAAAUUUUGUGGCUCCAUGAGAAAUGGGGUGGCUUGCCUCAACCGAGAUGGAGGCUGAAUCUCUUCCGAGAGUUCCUCUCACAUACUGAACUUUCUGACCUUCAUUUUCAAGGCCCAGAUUACACUUGGUUUUGCAUCCAAAAUGGCAGAGUUGUCAUCAAAGAGAGACUGGACAGGGGGUUGGCAAAUAAUUCUUGGAUUGCCGCCAAACCUUGUUCUCAAAUUUUUCACGUACCCAAACUCGAUUCUGAUCAUCGCCCAAUCCUUUUUGAUACUUCUCCCCCGGAGUUCAAAGCCCCACAUGUGUUCCGGUUUGAACACCUAUGGACCUCUCACCCUGACAGUUUUCAAGUGGUCUCCUCUAAUUGGUCCACUACUCCAACAACUUCUGCAUCUCAAACUUGGGAAGAUAACUUGAAACGGUGUAAGUCUUCACUUACCACAUGGGCCUCUAAUACCUUUCCAAACUUUGCUAAGAUUGUCUCCAGCGACACUCAGAUGAUUCAAGACAUCCUCCAGUCUGAGCAAAUUGACCAACCACAUGUGCAAGAUAUCAUUCGUCAGUACUUCAAGGAUAUUUAUACGGUUUCCCCCCCAUCUCUUGUUGAUGAGGUACUUCAUAUUGUGGAUCCAGUGGUAAUCUCAAUGAUGAAUAAUGCUCUCUUGGCAGAUAUUUCUCUUGAUGAUGUUCAUCAAGCGGUCUUUGAGCUGGGUGCUCUCAAGGCCCCAGGUCCGGAUGGUUUCUCUGGUACUUUUUAUCAAUCUUAUUGGGAUAUUGUCAAGGAUAUUGUCCUGAAAGCUUCCGCUCAAACAUUUGCUAUUACCUCUGUUCUUGAGUCCUUUAAUUGCACGCACAUUGCCCUGAUCCCCAAGGUGGAUGUUCCACAAUUGGCUACUCAUUUCCGGCCAAUCGCCCUUUGCAACUUUGCUUACAAAAUCCUAACCAAGAUCAUCUCCAAUCGGUUAAAGCCUUUCAUGCCCGAUCUCAUAUCCGAAAACCAAUUAGCCUUUGUUACCGGGAGACAGAUUCAUGAUAAUAUUUUGAUGGCCCACGAGAUGUUUCACCAUCUUAAGCUCCUUAGGGGUGGCCAAGGUGGAGAAUUUGCUUUGAAAUUGGACAUGAACAAGGCAUACGAUCGUGUGGAUUGGGAUUUCCUUCGGUUGGUUAUGCUAAAAAUGGGUUUCCACCCCACUUGGGUCCACUUGGUAUUGUCCUGUGUUACUUCGGCAUCCCUUGCCAUUAUUGUUAACGGUGCGCUGGGAAGGAAAUUCAAACCAACUAGAGGCAUUCGACAGGGAGAUCCUCUCUCUCCUUUCCUGUUCUUAUUCAUUAAUGAUGUUCUCUCCUCAAUGAUAAGGAAAAUCUGCUCUAACAACCUUCUUGAUGCAGUAAGGAUUGGAGUUAAUGGUCCCUUGGUGAGUCACCUUUUCUUUGCCGAUGACUCAAUUUUCUUCCUCAAGGCGACUUCCUACAACUGCGAGGUCCUACUUGAGACUCUCAUUAUCUACUGCUCUGCCUCAGGCCAGUCAGUUAAUCACCAAAAAUCGUCAUUAUUCUUCAGUCCAAACACCUCACAGGAUGUGGCUCAGCACAUUAGUUCCAUCCUCGGCAUGAGGGCUGUGUUGAACCCAGGAAGGUAUCUGGGGCUUCCUACAAUAUGGGGAAGAUCAAAGGUUUCGGCUCUUUCUUAUGUAAAAGUCUCAAUUGAGAAAAAGAUUUCGAGUUGGGGUCAAUCCUCUCUGUCCUAUGCCAACAAGGAAACUUUGAUCAAGUCAGUUGCUCUAGCUGUCCUGGCUUACCCUAUGACGGUCUUCAAAUUCCCUGUCUCUCUCUGUAAUCAGAUCAACUCAUCUCUUGCCAACUUUUGGUGGGGGACCUCGGCAACCAAAGGAAGGGGUUCUUCUCCAUCUUGGGCUUGGUCUAGUAUUCUUGAAGGUCGUUGUCUUGCUUCUGCUGGGUCUUUAUGGAAUAUUGGGUCGGGAACCUCUGUAAACCUUUGGAAGGAUAAUUGGAUCCCCACUUUGCGCACUUUCAAUUUGAGAACACACUCCACACCCAAUGACGCUAAUCGACCGGUGUUUUCUAUUAUUGAUAGAGAUACUCAUUCCUGGAAUCUUACUACUAUCCAGUCUGCCCUCCCGGUAGAGACUAUCAAUGCCAUCCAAGCUACAACUUUUGGCUCCCCCACUAAUCCGGAUCGCUUAAUUUGGUCAGCCCAUUCCACAGGCACAUACACGUCUAUCAUAGGUGUGAUUGCCUCUUCAAUCACUCACUGCCAAACUGGUGGCUGUGUUGGCAAAAGCCUUUUCUGCUGCGAUGGAGUUUCUCUGAAUCCCCCUUCUCUCCAACCUCCAAAGCACUCGCUCCAACAGCACUCCACUAGGCCCCCUCAUCCUUGGGCACCUCCACCAGUUGGUCGAGUAAAGAUUAACACUGACGCAGUGUGGGAAUCCUCCUCCUUGAACUCUGGGAUUGCCGUAAUUGCUCGGGACUCCUCCGGAAAACUUAUUGGAUGCUCGGCUAGAAGUACCCUUGCUUCUUCUCCUCUGACUGCGGAAGCUCAGGCAAUUGCUCUUGGGCUCGAGUUGGCUAUCUCUCUCUCCCAUUCUUCUUUUCAACUUGAAUCAGACUCCCUUGUGUUGAUUUCGGCCCUUCUGAACACCUUUUCGACGGUUGACUGGUCUGCUUCGAACAUCAUAACACAAAUUCGUGUCCAAAGUGGUCUUUUUCUUCGUGUUAACUGGCUCUGGUCCAGUAGAUCAGCCAAUGCGGCAGCGGACCUUGUUGCUGCGCUGGCUAAGUGCAGUGCCCGGACGAUUGGUCCUCCAAUCCUCCGCCCUCCCUUAUGCGAAUCCUUCUUUUCGAUGCUGUAA